AUGCCAAUUCCAUUCCCUCCGGCAGGCUACUCCGAAGACGUGUGGCGGAGAGUCCGCGUACUCUUCAACGGACAGUUUGUUGUUGACGCGAAUGUUCCUAAACUUGUAUGGGAACAUCCAUACUUUCCAGUAUACUACUUUCAAUCAUCCGCCAUCCGGCCCGAAUAUCUCACCAACAAACAACCCGGCGAAGACGCCGAUACAUACGAUUUGACCAUCAACGGGAAAACAUCGCCAUCCGCUGUAAAACUAUUCAAGUCAGGCGACUUGAAAGACUACCUCAAAAUCGAGUCCAAUAAAGUAGAUGCAUGGUUCGAAGAAGAUGAACGCAUAUUCGGCCACCCCAAAGACCCAUACAAACGGAUUAUUGUCUUGCAGUCGUCAAAGAAAGUGCAGAUAGAAAUUGAUGGGGUUGAAGUAGCUAGUACCUCUCGUCCAAAAUUGUUGUAUGAGACGGGGUUGCCGGUGAGAAUCUAUAUUCCGCAUACUGAUGUGAGAUUGGAUUUGUUGGAGGAUGAUGUGGAGAGGACGAGUCACUGUCCGUACAAAGGUGAUGCGAGUUACUAUGUAGUCAAUCUACCCAAUGGCGACCGCAAACCAGGUCUGGCAUGGUGGUACAAGACGCCGAAGAUAGAAAGUGCAGGCAUCGAGGGGCAUAUUGCGUUUUACGAUGAAAAGGUAGAUGUGCGAGUUGAUGGUGUUCUGAAUGAGAGGCCGACGACAAAGUUUUCAUAG